UCGAUUGUAGGCGUCCUGCAUGCAGUUGUCAGCACUGAAAAAUGUAAUCACUGCCCUUCUGCGCACUUUGUUUGACGCGUGACCGAUGUUUAUUAGCGAUUGUAGCGUACGUCAAGGGGUUGUUGUCGAUUGCAUGUCAUUGUUAGCAGCUUUAAUUCGUGACGUAACUAGUUUCAUGUAACGUAGAGUGCUCUACCACUUCUACCUAUUUGCAUGGAUAUUCGUCCUAGAGAUCGGCGCAGAAAUUCUUGAAUGAAGUGACAUAUGAGUAUGAAAGUUCAUGGCAGCUAAUUUGGACGCAAGUAGGUUACUCGUCGGCGACAAUGGAAUUGAAACACAUGUUUUUUACUGAUGAUUAUGGAUAAAGAAAGUUACGGAUGCUAAUGGUACAAAAUUUGUCGCUAUGGCAGCUGACAGUAGCCCCUGUGUGAGUGAGGUGACAUCGGCUAUUAGUAGAAUAAGAAUGGGCAAUAAUUCUGACACGAAAGGUCCGCGUGUGGAGAACGAUGUACCAACACCUUCAUCUUCACCUCAGUCGCCGGAAACACCAGUGCUCGACAUUACAGAAAACCAUGUUGUGGAUUCUUUCAGGUUACGAAUGAUAAACUCUGCAUCAAAUUGCUCCUCACCCAACAGAGAGAAUACAAAAGCUGUAUCAGACAUCCAGAUACCUAUAGUGGGAUAUGAGGUGAUGGAGGAACGUGCACGAUUCACUGUUUAUAAACUUCGAAUUGAAAAUAAGGCUUCUGGUAAUUGCUGGUAUGUGUUUCGUAGAUACACAGACUUUGUGCGGUUGCACUCAAAGUUACGGAGUGAAUUCCCUGAUGUUAAGCUGCAACUACCACGAAAACGAUGGUUUGGGGACAAUUUUGAUCCUACUUUCCUCAGUGAUCGAAUAAAAGGACUGCAGGGCUUUGUUAAUGCCAUAUUGAACCAUCAGGAACUUUGUAGUGCUCAAGCUGUUAAAGACUUUUUCUGUCUUGAUGAACCACCAUCAUAUACAGAAAGCCUUGAAGAGUCCAGGGCAAUAUUUGAAGCUUUGGAGGAAACAAUAUAUCAUUUACGGAGCCAGUUAAGAGAGAAAGAAACUGAACUUACACGAAUGAAGUUCACUUUGGACAUAGAAAUGAAGAAGAAUAACAGAAUGGUCCAGCUAGUAAGGACAGCUGUUGAAAAAUGCACAACUUGUUCUCGAGUGCUACCAGUCCUUGAUGGCCCUAAUUUGACAUCAACACCUGUUAAGGCAGCUGAUAAAACCCCAGUUGGACCACGUGCUGAAAUGCAGACAUCGGCAGGCGAAAGAUCAUCAGCUGGAAGCCAUCGAUAGAAUAUGUUAUGUUUAAAACUUCUUAGUGUGCAGUAUAAAUCGCACAUUUGAUUUGAAGAGUACUUGAGACACUUGUACUUCUGUGAGUACACUUGCUUCUUCAAUUGGUGAUCUGCUUAAAUUAAGCAAGAUUGUGAACUCAAGUUACUUGAUGAUUUAUUGUGUUGACAAUACUUAAAUAUUAUUCUCAGAAAGCAAUUUUUUGCUAACUUACAUGUUUAGGCUGUGUCGUGUUAUGGGUUUGUGUGUGUGUGUGUGUGUGUGUGUGUGUGUGUGUGUGUGUGUGUGUGUGUGUGUAGGGCAGAGGGGGGGCUUAGUCAAUAGCUCUCUUGAGAAGUAUUACCAUGGUGAUUAUUCUCAAAAUUACAUUAUGGUGCUCAUGGUACUUGUGUUGAACCUUGACUUUUUUCAUUUCAUGAAUGCUCCAAUGUAUGUGCUCCACGCAAUGAGCUCAUUAUGAAUUCUUAAAUGUAAAAUGUAAUUAUGACUUAUUAUGAGAAAAAAUCUAAUGUUAUGUUUUAUACAUACAUCUGCUAGUUUUCUUCCAUGUUAAUAUUUGUUUCUGUUUUACUAAAUUGCACUUUGAUUUUGUAUAGUCAGUGUAUUUUCCAGUGUGUAUCACUGAAGGCGACAACUUUCUGUUCAUUAUAAUAAAAAAUUCACACACACACUUUGAGGAUAUAGUCUGCCAGGUCGGUAGAUUACAAUAAGGGGAGUCACAAAUAUCACGUUUUUGUUUAGAAUUUAGUUACACACACCACCAAUAAACAUCACAAAAGUUUUGUUUAAAGCCUGUCUUCUUAUCACUGCCAUGGUGUCAAAUGCUGAGUGGCACAGCAAAAGCACAAAAAAGUGAAGGAUUUUUGUGGCCAAAAAUAGUGUAUAAUACUGUUAGAGCUCAUACUUUCUAUGGAAUCAAAGUUUAUAAAACAAAAUGAUUUAUUUUAUAUACUCGUGUUCUUUUGAAAAUAGUGGUUAAGACUUUGAACUCUACGGUUAAUGUUACAGUGAAAAUGAUGCUAUAAACAAUAUAGAACUUUGUUUGGGGCCAUAUAUAUUUGUAUCUACACCUGAUAACUUUUGUUUGUUGUUGUUUGAAAGUAAUAGCUACUGAGUACUGUAUGUUCUGAAGAUAAUUAUAAUACUAACGGUCCUAUGAUCAUCUGUUACGUGGUGCAGGAAAGCUGCAUUUUUCUGUGAUGCAAAAGGUUGUUAAUGUUCUGAAAGUUAUCAGCUGUAUUGAUGGUAAUGCAAAGUCUAAGCAGGAAAUACAAUUUUAUGAUGUUCUUACGCCAAUGUAGGUUAUCCUUUGUGUAAAAUCAACAUAAUGCAUUGAUUAUUCUAUGUAUCAUACAUGAAUUAAUGUUAUGUGUGAAAAAGUAAUUUUUCAGAAUGAAAUCAAAAGAGCAGAAAUAAAAUUUCAGGUAUCAGAAUGUUGGAGCUGAUAUUGAAACGUUGCUUUAUGAUAAGUUGAAGUUAAUACUUCAAUCAUUUUGCUUGAAGAAAGCAUUUGAUUUGUAGGUUGCUGUGUGUGUUUGUGUGUGUGUGUGUGUGAGAGAGAGAGAGAGAGAGAGAGAGAGAGAGAGAGAGAGAGAGGCUGAUAAAGAUGUCGGACUGCAACAUAUUCAGCAACAAAAAUAAAUGUUGGUCUAUGUUUGAAAAUGGUGACCUACUUGUAUAAUUAAUUUUUAAAAAUCGUGACAUCACAUUUGUUCAAUAUAAUCUGUCAAAUUCAUCUUUUGUUUAUCAUCAUAAAAACCUUUUGCUAUGUAAUUUUUGUUAUGGUCUGAUCUGUUAUGUCACCUAGUCUUCCAUUUCCAGUGUAUCUUCCAAACUGAAACAUUCUUUUGUCUGAACAUCAAGUUGUUCAGAUAAUUGAGUCUAAAGCAGUGUAUGCAAUGACUUUUUUGAACUAAUGAUUAGCAGCAUCACAUGAUAUGUUUUUUAUUUGUUGAUGACUUUCUCUCAAGUUGGCUGUUGUGAUUACUGUAUUAGAAAGCUCAAAAUUUUAUGUACAAAUAAUAUAAGAAAUUAUAUGCAAAGUUAAUGUAUGGAUGUGAUUCAGUCGUAGUAAUGGUGCUGUUGCUGUAUUAUGUUUUUUGUUUUACACGUGUAAUAAAUUUCAUGCUCUAAAAGUAGACUUCCAUUAUUGAACACACCAUUUGGAUAAGAAUGUGAGUUAUCGGCAGAA